AUGGCCCAAAAUGUGUCGCACCAAAGUCCCAGUAAAGUGCGGCCGCCCAGCUACCUGCAGCAAUACAACUGCCGGCCGCCGCCGCUGCUCUUGCCGCUGCUCACCGUCGUGCAGCUGGCGGUGUUUGUGUACGACGGUGUGCGUCUGGGCUCCAUCACCAGCAGCGGUCCGGUGGACCCGCACUCGCCGCUCAUCUACAGCCCGUACCGCCGCCGCGAGGUCUGGCGUCUGCUCUCCUACAUGCUGGUGCACGUCGGCUGGGUGCACCUGACCACCAACAUGGUGGUGCAGCUGCUGGUCGGCCUGCCGCUCGAGCUGGUACACAAGUGGUGGCGCGUGGGCGUGGUGUACCUGUGCGGCGUGCUGCUCGGCUCGCUGGCCACGUCCGUGCUGGACCCGCGCGUCUACCUGGCCGGCGCGUCUGGAGGUGUGUACGCUCUGCUGGCCGCCCACCUGGCCGACCUCGUGCUGAACUGGGCUCAGAUGGAGCUGGCGCUGGUGCGACUCGGCCUCCUGCUGUUGCUCGCCUCCACCGACAUCGGCGUCGCCAUCUACAACCGGUACGCCACCGGUCCCGACCAGAAGGUGGCGUAUACGGCGCACCUGGCUGGCGCCGUCGCCGGCCUGCUUAUCGGCCACGUGGCGCUGCGCAACCUGCGCCUGCUGCGCUGGGAGCGCGUGCUCUGGUGGAUCUCGCUCGUCACCUUCCUGCUGCUGGUGCUCAUCAUGGCCGUGUUCAACGCCGCCGCGCCCGAUGGCUACUACCCGGAGCAGGAAGUUUGAGCCGCCUGGACGCCAGGUCAACGGCACCGUCCGGUCAACGACACCGUCAGGUCAACGACACCGUCAGGUCAACGACACCGUCAGGUCAACGACAUCGUCAGAUCAUGAGGAGGCACGGAGGAAAGAGGACUCGCACACCGUCAAGCCGGAUCACUUAGCCUUAGACUCUGUGACUCCCGUGUCUGAGCGUGACACUAGUGCAGCGUCGAUCUCCUCCCUGAGAGACAACACGCCUCCAGCGAAAGCACCGCCUGGGCCUCACGCCGCUUCGCCGGCGGGCAACAUCGCGUCCUUUCGACACAGCAGCGCCAUGUGUGAAGCAAACACCGGUCCGUGCGCGGUAACGUCUCCGACUACAAGGAAACAUGCUGAUGCAAGACACCAGCCCACGUAUUCUGUGAAAGAAAGCGGCCGUAUUCACCGCGAGGGUAGCUCCUCAACGCGUCAGCCGCCCGGUCCAUGCCAAACGCUGGCCGCUGGACGAAGCAUCAGUUCUCCGGAUUGUGACUUCAGUUUGGACCCAGCUCGAGCUUGUGCAGCCACCGCGCCGACAUGUCUGGACACUGCAAGACAUCAUUACAAUAUAAUUUGCUAUAAGGGAACGAUGUAUCAGCAUAAUAUCGCGCAAUCACGAACCAUAGCAUGUGUGAUGCUUAUUGCUGUAUCGCUGGCAAAAUGUCUGAGGACGAGCAAGUGCCUAAGUGGGAUCCGUACGAGACAGUAAAGCACUGCAACGGCAGACAGAAUUGGUGCGAUCCUUAACCGAAAUUAUUAUACGAUUUAAAAUGCAGGGUUAGCUGGCUCCUUCACAGGCAUAUUAGUGGUUUGUCAUCAUAUAGCAGACACGCGUUUGUCUGUUGCUAUAUACUGCAAAGCAGAUCAUGGAUAAGUACACGGCAAAUAAUGAACUGGAACAAUCACAACUCGUCGAUUUUCUGAGCGGCAGAUGAUCCAAGCCCCAGACACGAAUGCGGCAGAAGCGCCCUGGUGCUCUCAGCAAACACCAGCUGUUGUUAUGUCAUGCGUGCGCACCUGAAUGUUGGCCUGUUCUUUGUGUUACAGUUGUCUGGUGCUGCGACACAAAUAAAAUA